AUGGCGACCAACGUUCAACCAGACUAUGACAAGCCGGGAGAUGAAGGAGAAGAACGCGUAAAAAUUAUAUGUCUCGGUGACAGCGCUGUAGGAAAAUCAAAGCUUGUUGAAAGGUUUCUCAUGGAUGGAUAUAAACCACAACAGUUGUCAACAUUCGCACUAACAUUAUUCAACUACAAAUCACAGAUUGAUGGCAAAACAGUCUCAGUUGAUUUCUGGGACACUGCUGGUCAAGAGCGUUUCAACAGCAAGCAUCCAUCAUAUUACCAUCAAGCAAAUGCAUGUAUUCUAGUUUUCGACUGCACAAGAAAAAUCACUUACAAAAACUUAUCAGAAUGGCUGAAAGACUUAAAAACCUAUAGGCCAGAGAUACCAUGUUUGUGUGCUGCAAAUAAGAUUGAUGAGGACUUGAAUACAACCAAAAAAUCCUUUGCCUUUGCCAAGAAACAUAAUAUGCCAUUCUACUAUGUGUCAGCUGCUGAUGGGACUAAUGUUGUCAGGUUAUUUAAAGAUUCUAUCAGAGCAGCAUUGGCCUACAAGCAUAAUUCCACAGACUUUAUGGAUGAGAUUAUGAAAGAGCUUGAGAACUUUGAGUUGGAUCCAAUCCCAAGUAAAGCAAAAGACAAGAACUCUCAAG